GUCUUGGGGCACAUCAAGGUUUACGAGUUAAAAGAAAAACGGCGUUAGUCACAUAAAUAUUAAUACAAGAUCAUUAUGUCUUCUAUUACUUUUUAUUCUCGGAUCUGUGCUUUUGUCGGAUUGAUCUGUAAACCCAGCCUGCGAAAAUAAAACAAAUAAAAGGACAGAAGCGUGAGCGCUACUCGCUGAUCUCGACGUUGUUUUGCUUUUCCUUCCAGUACUUGUUCAGCUGUGUGGCAGGCAGCGCUAAUCGAUAUUGAGCUUGUGAUGUAAGAUUUCCUGUUGGUCUCCAGAGCCGCGCAAGAACGCUUGAAGAAACUGGAUAGAUUGUGGGUGUUUAGCUGUAACAGGUCGGGCGCUGACGUCUGUGUGGUUUUAAACUAAGACAACUUAUUAUUUAGCAUUAGCUGCUUUUAUUUUGAUACGUACUUUAUAUUAGCGGAUAUCACGUAGUUGUUUAUUUUUGCUAGUUAUUCAUUACAGUUACAGUCACGGGUAUCCAGUCCCGUGGUGUGUUGGCGUCCAGUAAAGCACAGUCACCUAGGAAUUGAGUAAACCCGGGGGCAGAGAUGUCUGCCACGGUUGCCGGCAGCGGCGGCGGUUCCACCGGCUCAACCCACCAGGGCUCAGCACUUACAGGGCCCGGCUCCGGAAUGUCAAUGUUUCGCUGGCUGGAAGUACUGGAGAAAGAAUUCGAUAAGGCCUUCGUAGACGUGGACCUCCUUUUGGGUGAGAUCGACCCUGAUCAAGCAGAUAUUACCUAUGAGGGCCGCCAGAAAAUGACCAGCUUAAGUUCCUGCUUCGCUCAGCUUUGUCAUAAAGCGCAGACCGUCUUCCAGCUCAACCACAAACUAGAGGCCCAGCUGGUAGAUAUGAAGUCGGAGCUUGUAGAAGUACAGGCAGAGAAGGCUGUUUUUGAAAAAGAAGUACAUGAUCAGUUACUGCAGCUUCAUGCUGUCCAGUUGCAACUUCAUUCCAAGACUGGGCAAAAUGUUGAUUCUGGCUCUAUCAAAGCAAAACUGUCUGUCCCAAAUGUGGAAGAGAUGGAAAAGGAACUGGAGGCAAACAAGAAAGAAAAAGUAAAGGAGACAAAAUUAGAAGCAGAAGUAAAAUUACUGAAGAAGGAAAAUGAAACACUUCGGCGUCAUAUUGCUGUCCUUCAGGCAGAAGUAUAUGGUGCCAGAUUAGCGGCAAAAUACCUCGACAAAGAAUUAGCAGGAAGAGUUCAGCAAAUCCAGUUACUUGGCCGGGAUAUGAAAGGUCCAGCACAUGACAAAUUAUGGAACCAGCUUGAGGCCGAAAUUCAUCUUCAUCGACAUAAAACAGUGAUUCGUGCUUGUCGAGGUCGGAGUGACUCCAAGAGACCUCUCCCUAUACCAGUGGGACAUGAUGCAGACGCUUUAAAGAAAACUCAAGGUGUUGGGCCUAUUAGAAAAAUUUUGUUGUCUAAAGAGGAUCAUGAAGGUCUUGGAAUUUCUAUAACAGGUGGCAAAGAACACGGAGUUCCCAUUUUAAUAUCAGAAAUUCACCCUGGCCAGCCAGCGGAACGUUGUGGAGGUCUGCAUGUUGGGGAUGCCAUACUUGCUGUAAAUGGAAUCAAUCUCAGAGAUGCUAAACAUAAAGAAGCUGUGACAAUCCUGUCUCAGCAAAGAGGAGAGAUUGAGUUUGAAGUGGUGUAUGUAGCCCCUGAGGUGGACUCAGAUGACGAAAACGUGGAAUAUGAAGAUGACAGUGGUCAUCGUUAUCGCUUGUAUCUCGACGAGUUAGAGGAAGGUUCAGCGUCAAAUUGUAACAACAGUACAAAUGACUUUUGCCCUUUACAAGAAGUGAAUUUUGAAGAACGCAUGUACAGUUACAAAGCUCAUCGAAGAGGAAAACUACAACUUGGGAUGGCCCCGGAGAGAAAAAAAGAAUCCUAUAGGCAAUACCAUAGAGAAUGGAGAUGCACGGAGAAUCCCGAGCGAAACACUGCCUGAGGAGACUGCAGCCAAACAGUCGGAGUCAGCCGAGAGUUCUUCUUAGGGUGUUUUCUUCAGGGAGAAAAUCGGGUUGGAGAACAGACUUUGUAUAUUUGUUAAAUAAGAAUUUUAUAAUCGGUAAAAGACUGGUGGAAAAUCCACCUGGAAGGUGUAAGAAAACAGUUCCAGCAGUGAUUAUUGAUGGGCAUACAGAAGGUUUAAUUGUUACUGUUGCUUUUCCCCACUUCACAAUCUUUCUUGGAAAAUGUGCUUUUCACAAUCCAGUUUUAAGUGAAAGGACAUUUUUUGAAGGAUAUAGUGGCCUUGGUUAUUGUUUGUUGACUAAAUGUUGGAAAGGAUACAAUUAAUGUACAGUGGAACCUCUAGAUACGAGUUUAAUUCGUUCCAGCACUGAGCUUGUAUAGCGAAUUUCUCGUAUCUAGAACAAACUUCCCCAUUGAAAAUAAUGGGAAUCCAGUUAAUCCGUUCCGCACCCCAAAUAUAUUAACAUAAAAAUCAAUUUUCCUAACAAAUAACACUGAUAAAUUAUAUAUACUGUAGUCUACCUUUAAUAAAUAACACUGGUAAAUAAUAUAACUGAUUAUUAAAAGAAUCAAAACAGGUGUCUAAAGUGCAGUAGAGCAUUCAAUAAAUGUUUAAAUAAAUAAUCCUUAAAACAGUUGUGAAGUGGAGGUUUAAAAUACACAAGAAUAACAAUCCUUUAACACGAGGUUAAAACGUCAAAAGGAUGCAGUCUUUAAAAAACAGAUGACAAUCCCCGGUGCUUCUUCUCUGUUAGCGUCUCACCUGCGGGCUCUGCAACAGGCGAGACACUCUUAAUGCAGCUGACCUUCUCUACACCGUCCUGCUUCUGCUGUUUGGCUCGCCUGUUCAGCUACACGCGAGCCUGCACUCACUCGCUCGCUCGCCUGCCCGCUCGCUCGCUCGCCUGCCUGCCUGCCGCAACCUCCGUUCUCUCUCCUCUCUUUUCUUUUACUUCUUCUCCCCCUUAACCGGCUCGCGCUUCUCUAUAUAUGCGGGGAGGACAUGGCAGCUGCAGCCCAUCAGCCACAGGAACAAUCAUAGAUGUGGGCAGUUUCCCACCUGUGCACUUAAGUGAGAAACGCAGACACCGCAGAUCGUGGCUCGCAACUGCUACCACGCCCCCUCGCUAAGCUGAGAGCUAUACCCACAGCCUGGCUCGUGGCUCGUUACGCGAGCCAAUGCUCGCAUUUAGAUCUGAAUUUUUCGCUCAUACUUUCCUCGUAUUUUGAAUUUCUCGUAUACAGAGAUAAUCGUAUCUCGAGGUUCCACUGUACAUGUUUCUGUUAUAUUUUGGACCGCAUUUAAUUUGAAGAAAAAAAAAAAAAGCAUUUAUACAAGAAUCUGUCAGGCUUUUUUGAAAGGCAAGGAAACUUUAUUUAGCUGUAAUUGAUAUGCAAAAUUACAACUGAAAGAGAUUUUGAAGUGUACGUGGUGAAACACAAGUGGACUGCUUUUGGAAUUUCCAGUUUCAGCUGUUAAAACUCUAAAAUAAAAGAACCUACUACAAAAAGUGUUGCUACAGUGGUUAGGCGUGUGACGCAUCCUCUACGUGUGCUCUGGGCCUGGGUGACGAUAGUUUGAAUGCGAUUUCCAUUCAUUCACUGGAAUCUUCAUACAAACAAAGCCGUUCUUCAUGCCCCCUGGUUUAUAAAUGAUCACGGUAAAGUUAUGUUGACCGUUUGAUAUUUGCCUUUCACUCAAAUGUUGAUCCUCAUAAAGCAUCGAAAGAAAACGACAAUUUAGUUGGCUCCAGUGUUUGAGCGCAAUGCUUCGUAAUACGAGGCACUCUUAGCAGCAGUGCAGCAUUGAAUCCACAAUGGAAAAAGGAUCAUUUUAUUAAUGAGCAGGGUAAUCACAUUCUUCUAGUAGUUAAUACAUGAAGAAUAAUAGCUGCUAAGUUCAGUUAACAGAAAUUCCUAUAAAACAAUAGUAUUUGAAUUGUAUACUAUUAUGAGUUGACUCAUUCACAAAGAAAGCGGUAUAUACACUGUUAUACAAUAAAUAAUGAUUUGUAUUACAAAUAUGUGCUAUACCUCAUUUUGCUUGAAGCUUUUCAGCUUCCGGGAAGUGGACCACUCUGUUCUCACGCUUGUUUGCUGUGUGCUAUGCUUCAUGAAAUGUUUCUGUAGUAUCCCAUGAUCCACCUGUCAUUCCUUUAGAGGCUGCCUUCCUCACAUUUACAUUUAUAUACCAAGACACUGCAAAUGAUACUGCCAUGUGUUUGGGGUGGCCAUUUAAUGCAAACGGCAAUUCAGAAGUGAAAUGACUGAAGUGUUUAAAAUUUUGACAGGAAUUGGUAAAACAGAUCUCGGUGGUUACUUUAAAAUAAAUUAUGCAACAAGAACACGGGGACAUGGUUGGAAGCCUGUUCAGGGCUGAUUUCGUACAACUGUUUUCCUUCAUGCAAUGAACCAUCGAAACAUGGAAUACAAUUCAGUGUGGUGGAGACCAGAAUUUUAGGUAUUUUCAAAUCUCAGUCUAGGUCAUUGUUUCCCAAACUCUGUCCUGUAGACCCAACCAACUUCCAUUUUUCCUUGGACUCCUUCCCUAAUUGAGUUGUCAUUUCCCAAUUUAUAUUUUGGGAUCAAAGUAGAAGUUACAAAACUAAGUUUGAUCAUUUUUUUUUUUUUACUAAAAUGUGCUAAGCAACUAGUUAUAUGAGGGACAUGUCUUUUUUUGUUUUGUUUUUUUAACUCAUUAACAGUAUUUUCAUCCUAAUUUUCUGGCAUUUAUAUUGAUGAUUUAUUCUGACUCUGAAGUAGUUUGGUCUUUUAUCAUCCCGGGUGUCAGUUCUGCUUGUUGUUAAUAAUUCAUUACAUUUAUAAAGUUGUCACUAUUAGGGUUAAAUGAUUGGAGCAAACUACUCAGAAAAAGGGCAAUAGGAAAACAAAAAAAGAGUUAAGCAUUUAAAGCUUUAGAAAAAAUUAGAAAUAUUUGUAAAUCUCUUCUCUGCUGUGCUUUGCUGAAUGCAGAAUAAGAGAAGAGGGGAAAGAAAAGACCAGCUAACUAAAUGAGAUGAAUUGUUAUUAUUAUCAUUGAUUGUGAACCUGGGUAGAACAAAAACCUGCAGCCACAGGGGGUCCCCAGGACCGAGUUUGGGAAGCACGGGUCUAGGUGAAUAGGAUGGACAGACUUGUUCACGACUCAGUUUUGUAAUGUUCUAAUUUCAGGGCUGAUGGCUCAAGCUACUGUGCAAACUGGAAAGAGGUUCUUUUUCCAUGUCCUACAAAGAAGUUUUCACACUGGUUUGGGUGAAUCUCUCUCCUUUCUGUUCUAGUGCCAAUGGUGCUUAAAAGUUUUUUGCUUUCCCUCGCCAACCCAAAAUUGCUUUUUUAAUGUCUUCAAGACCCAGAAUUGGCACCAACCAUCAUCCUUUGGGGAGUCCCCCUCGGGGAAAAUUGCCACCAAUCUUUAUUGCAGGAGGUGGCUGUUCCUCCUUUAAGAAUCACUGCUGGCUAUCAUCCUGGUGGGGAAGGGAGUGGUCCCUUUGUGAAAAUCACUGAAGCAGGUCAUAAUGAAGCAGUGGCUUUGCGUUAAAUGCCCACCACAACCCUUCUAAAGACACUUUGCAAACCGUACUUGACCCUUUCCUGUUUAGUACCCCUGCGUGACUUAAAUUAGGCCAAGUCCUGACCCAUAGUUUAAGAUCCUGUGUUCUAGUGAAUGGGAAAUGAUGUGAAGGACGUUUAGAGCGUAUGGGUGUUUUCACGAUGCCAGUAAACCUGAAGCAUACCACAGAGGUGGGACGUCUCAGAACACAGGUGCCCACUCUACUGCAGGACGCCCUGGAUAAGAGAGGCCAUCUGCUGUGAAGCUGUGUUAAGCAACGUUAUGGGUGGGUUGACCCAUAUUUCGUGAUUUUUUAAUGUGGCUAGCUACUGUAGCACGUGGAGAAAUGCCAACCAGGAAAUGCUGGCCGCUGUCCAUUUCAUUGCAUGAUAGAUUGAAAUCUGACGUAGCAGGCCAUCCAAGUGCCACAAUGGAUGUAAACCAGUAAAGUCAUCACACGUGUGUGCUUGGUUAUACAAUCUUGUUUUCCUUGGUUUUUGAAAUCUCAAAUUAGCACUUUAAGUUCUUCAUUGUUUUUGAGAAGUAGUAUCGGCCUGCUUUGCAUGGAACUGGCAAAAAACAUUCCCAGGGCUGUUAUUUUUAGUUUUGUUUUGUAGGAUACAAAAGAUUUAUAAAAAUGUAACCUGCACAUUUGGAUUUUCUACAUUGGAUAGCAGCAAUCUGUUUUUUUUUUUUUUUAUUAAAGUCACCACUGUUAUCCCCAUUUUAAAGAAAUGUCUUGGGAGUUUCCAGUGCCUUCCCAGCAUUUGACACUGCUUGGCCCUAUGGGUCUCUGAAGGUUUUGUUCAGCGCCCCGUACAGAUGAGCUGUCCAGUGUGAUGGGAGUGCAGACAUUAAAGGAAUGGGAUGGGACACAGCGCUUUAACUAAAGAUUAGCUUUAAGAGCUCCACUGCAAUGCAAUACCUCCUAGCUGUUUUAUGUUAAAAAUCUUAGUGUUGGCAAUAAAAAGAUUAUUAAUGAUGUUACAGCAUUCUAUUCACAACAAAAAUGGUCAAUUUAGACAAAAAUCUCCUUUUAUGCCUUAUUUUUUUUUGUCGCAUUCUGCCGUUUGCCCGUUGGGCUCUCCAUGUGUGCCAAGAAAUAACUGAAGAAGUUACAUUGUUUUCCAUUUGAAGUAUUUUAAAAGGUAUUUAAAAAAAAAAAAAUACAGCGUUUAUGGGAGAUGGGGAAUGUGUUUUUGUUCUACCAGAUUUUUUUUUUUUUUAAGAAAAUGAAAAAAAAAAAAUUAAAUGGAAUCAGAAUUUUUGCAGCAAGACAUAAUUACAGGGUGUAGACUGACUUUUUAUUCUCAGUUUUCUUUUCUGGAUGCAGUAUACAUAAUAAAAACCUCAAAGUAUGUCUAUAUGUAUAUAUAUAAAUUUUUUUUUCUUUUCCAGGUAUCAAGACACACUCAUAUGCCAACUGUCAGUCUGUGAUUGAUUAAAGACUUGCCAAAUGUGAUGUAUUUCAGAAAAAUUGUGUAAAUAUGUAUGAAUGAAGAGUUAGCACAUCCAUGUGUACAAUGAAACCAUGUGCGGCGAGCCGUUCUCCGUGUCCCGUCAUCUUUUUCUAAUAUAUUUUCUUUGUUAAACCAUGUUGUUUUGCACCAAACAGUUUUGAAAAAGGGAAUCUUAUACGAGUCGACCGGAUUAUUUAUUUGUUGUGCAAUUUAUUUUAUGAGAGUGAAUUCUUUUCCAUUCUUCUCAAAACUUGUUUGCCUUUUUACUGAUUUGUUUCAGAAGCCAGUGCAUGAUGUGCAAUUUUGUAGCAUUUUUUUUUUUUUUGUCCAGUGCUCGCUUUAGAAAAGUUUUAUACCGAAGAAAUUAAAGUGUAUGUGCUCUAGAAAGUAUUGUUACCUCAUGUGAAGUCAAUGGCAGAGCAGUACAGAAUAAAGCCAGGUUACAGCCCACCCAAAUGUACUGUCAGUGUGGGCUUGUUGCUUCCACUUCUGAUACCCUGUGACUGAAUGGUUUGUUUGUGGAGGUUGUAAGCGGUACGUGAACAGUUUGCUAUGAAAUGCUCCUGUCCCUUAAGUUUUCUGUUUGUGAGUUCUACUGUCCGUAUGUGACAUUGGCACAUCAUCCUUUGGCCUAAGCACAACAGCCAACAUGCAUCCAAGUGCAGCGUGUGAGAUAAACGUGCAGAGUAAAUGGGGGUUUCUACAUGUGUGUUUAAUUGGAAACUGAUGUUGCUUUGUAUUCCGCAGUACACCAUAUAAUAAAACAUGUUUCAAAAGUGAA